AUGCCUACACGAGUCAACGCCAGAUUCGCCGACGAUUUACGCCAAAGCGGCGUUUCGUUUGCAGCAACUCACAUUGGAACGGCGGUUAUCACUUCGUCAGUGAAUUCGAUGAGUCGCGAGAUUCGAGACAUGAUCGCCCCAGAAUGCAUUUUGCAUAUUUCGGGUCUUGCCAGUCUCGCUCCACCGCAUGAGAUUAACCCGGCAGUUGCAAGCUAUAUUGGCGAGAUUGUGCAGGAGACGAAGAAAAUCGAGAUAAACAUCACGUCGAAAAUGAUCAAGGUGAUUUAUCAGAACCGCCUGCUCCACAGAUUGCCACUUCAUUUGUUUUCGGUGGCCGCGAAAGGUGAAAAGGGAACUCGAAUGGAAAAUAUGAUCGGGUUUAUUGCGAAAAACAAGCAAGAAACCGAUCGCAGAUGUUUCGUUGUCGACACGAGCGAGAUCAACAGGAUCUGGGAUACUCUCAAUGCGGCGAUUUACGUUGCCCGAUUGGAUGAGAGCCCAAAAGAGCAGCCAACUACGUCAAACGACGGAUUUGCUGUACCCGAGUUGCCGAGCAGAUUUCGGAAUUCUGUGACGAGUUCCAGCACCGAAAAUCUCGAUCCCGACGUCGCGCGAGACGUUAAAAAUCAGCAUUGGUACCACGGGAUAUUGUCGCGAGUCGACGCGCAGGCUCUUCUCAAAAAUCCCGGCGAUUUUCUGGUUCGACAGAGCGACCAUUCGCCGGGCCAAUACAUUUUGAGUGGUUUGACGAGUGAAAACGAGCCGAAACACUUGAUUCUUCUCGACGAUCACAAAAAAGUCCGCACACGUGAUCGCGAGUUCGCCACAAUCACUCACCUCAUCGAUUAUCACACGUUGAAUGGAAUUGCUGUGGUCGUCUCAGUGAGCAAGGAGCGACCAUCGGAAUCGGCGCUUAAUCUCAUCAAUCCAAUUCCAAGAGCCUAG